ACUAACUCAGUCUAUGCAUGGUUCGCGUACGAUCUACACGCACGUUCGGAACAGUGGGGAAAUCGGGGCCUGAUGAAUUCUUGUUUCUCUCUUUGAUCCCGGAAACCCGGCAAAAUUACGGCCACAAAAGAACACGAAGCGCGGUCUGAGCCUCCUCUUCAGGGCACCCGCUCGGCUGUCUUCUACCUCGAAAGCCCUGAGGGUUUGUGUCUUGUGAAACGCAAGUUCAAUUUCAACGCAGAACCUCCGUGGGAUCCCAGCUAGUAUUUAGCAUAAGCAGGUGUUUCGUCUGGCCAGAUCGUUCAUACAGUCCUGUAUUUGUGUACACAGUUAAUUGCAUAGCAUUCUAAAAAUGAGGUCAUACAAUUUUGGCAAGGGCUGCAAGGUGGAGCUUCAUGGCCAUGGAAAACCAAUCAUGGAAAUAGUACAGGAAAAAGUUGCAGAAAUGGAGCUUAAGCACAAAGAAGAUGCAUUUUACCUUGCUGAUUUAGGGGAUGUUGUAAAGAAGUAUGAAAAAUGGUCUGAAUUGCUCCCACGUGUGGAACCUUUCUAUGCGGUGAAGUGCAACCCUGAUCUUCCUGUUCUAAAGCUUCUGGCACAUCUAGGUGCCGGCUUUGACUGUGCAAGCAAGGAUGAAAUUGCUAAAGUUCUAAAGUUUGGAGUGCCUACAUCCAAAAUCAUUUAUGCGAACCCAUGCAAGCAGAAUGCUUUUAUUCGCUACGCUGCAAAGCAAGAUGUUCAGAUGAUGACCUUUGACAAUGAGGCAGAGCUCUACAAAGUGAAGGCCGCCUUUCCAAAUGCUCGUCUUGUUCUCCGAAUUCUGCCUCCAGCCAACUUUAAAGUACAGUGUGAACUGGGUAACAAGUUUGGUUGCCAUCCUAAAGAUGCUCGUGCAUUGCUGAUGAAAGCUUUAGAGUUGGAUUUGAAUGUGAUUGGCAUCAGUUUCCAUUGUGGAAGUGGAGUGGGAGAGGCAGCUGCUUUCAGUGCUGCUGUAGAGGCCUCUGCUGAAGUGUUUGAUAUUGGACAGUCGCUGGGCUUUGACUUCGAUCUUCUGGAUAUUGGUGGGGGAUUUCCUGGGCAUGCUGGUGGGGCCAUCAGCUUUGAGGAGGUUGCAGAGGUGCUGAAUGAUGCAUUAAACAAAUACUUUCCACCUAAGAGAAAUGUACGAAUCAUUGGUGAACCAGGACGAUAUUUUGUGUCUUCAGCCUUCAACCUCACAGUUUCCAUCAUUGCAAAGCGCAUGGUGGCAACAGAUGCCAAGGCUGUUGCUUUGGAAAGGAGCGAGGAACCAGCAUUCAUGUACUACGUCAAUGAUGGGGUCUAUGGUUCUUUUAACUGCCUGCUUUAUGACCAUGCGAAAGUUGAAGCCUCAUUGGUCAAUGCACCUGUCAAUGCAAUGGAGUUCCGCACCAGCAUCUGGGGGCCUACCUGUGAUGGGCUUGACCAAAUCCUUAAGGAAGUGAGGCUGCCAGAACUUUGUGUAGGAGACUACCUAAACUUUCCCAAUAUGGGUGCCUACACUGUGGCUGCUGGAACUACAUUCAAUGGCAUGCCACGUCCUGAAAUGUUCUAUCAUUGUUCAGAAAAUGUUUGGUGCCAUCUGUUCCCUGAUGCCUUGAAAGCUAAAGGACCCGGUCGACUAACUGGAAAGAUCCCCUUCCUCAAAGCUGGUCAUGAUCUGGAUAAGGUGGAACAUGAGAGAGUCCCACCAUCACCUGUCGUUCUCUUAGAUGCAGAUGAGGAUGCUUUCUUCAACUAAAACGUCCAUCGAUCAACAAAUGAUGCCUCGUUCUGAAUACAUGCUCCUUCCCACACAGCCAUUAAAAUUUUAGGGUUUGUAGAAAGUAUUAAGAGGUUUGAUACUGUAAGAGUCAUUUGCUUGGGGUUUUUUUCUUGCUUUACUUUUUCCCCCAAAUUUUGGGGUAUUUGAGUGUGUGCUUUCAACUUACUAGUUUUAUAUGUAAUGGUUCGACAGUUAAAAGUUUUGGGAGUUGAUUGUAACUGAUAUAUCUUUCACCCUGGAGUGAGAGAUUUGAACUUCAUGAAAGUGGACAUCUAUGCUGUAGCGGCAUCUAUUUUUUAAUCCACAAGUUCUUCCUUCCCAUGAUCACACUGCAGGGAUUUUAACUUGCACAAAAGUGGUGUGUGGGAAACAUUUUUGCAGCCUUAAACUCAAAGUGGACCAAAUGUACAGUUUUUUAAUGUAUCCAUUUUGUUUAAGCAUGGCGUCUUUGCGCCUUAUUUUCUCACUCCACCUUCAGGAAUUUCACUGUAGUCUCCAAAUGCAGUGGUGGGAAUUAAAACAGGAUUGUGCUUAUCAGCAGACAUCACCUUUCACUCGGAGCUAUGGCUAAUAACAGCAUGGGUUUUUUCUUCUUUUUUUUUCGAGGGGCCUUCACCUUUGGUUGUGAAAUCUUGCAACUGAAUAACAACUGAAUGUGUUAGCAGCCAUCACAGUGCAGGGCUGUAUGAACAUCCGAAACACCUGCUUAGUUUUCAGCUUGGCCAGACAAUGUCGUAUUUAUUUUUUUCAUGGUGGAUGUAAUUUCCAAAAUAAAGUGUUUAUAUACGACAUGUC